AGUUUAAAUCCAUGCAGCUUUUGACAAACAUUCUGCUGACAAAAGUGCUUGGAAGGCGGAUGGGUAAAAUCUUCAUUUUCUCUUCAAUUUUAAUGAAUCUGGUGAAUUUAAAGGCCUGCAAUUUUGGUGGUGCGUAGAGGUAGAGUUCUCCUAAGUCCAACAAAGUGCAUAAAGAUUCGGGAGACCUCAAUUCCCUUUGCGCCGACAAACUGAUUACAAAAGCCCAAUCUGAGGUGCUUUUGAUGUGUCCUCCCCUGGGCGGGAGUGACUUCCUCACCCUUUCGCCCAAUGGAUGAUGAUCUCGCAGUUCUGGGGCAGCAAAUUGAUAAGAGCCAGGUGCCCCCGAUUCAUCAAAAACGUAUCCUCGCUUUCGUAAAUCACUUUAUCGUUAGCACGGUAACCUUUUUGAAUAAAUUUGUCAUAAAAUGUGAGUCAAAGUUCAUCGAAUUUGAGAACAAACUGCAGCAAGUUGAGGCCUCACUUCAGAUUGUCGAGAGCAAAUUAGCAUCAGUUCCGGAUAUCCAGGAUGUUGUAGUGCCCAGCGAGAAGAAAGACAGCGCUCCGGAAGAAGAGAAAACUGAAGAAGUAGCAGAAGCGGAAAAUGCAGAAGUGGCUGAGGCUCAGAAGCCCGAGGAGCCCAAGGAGAAUGGUGUGAAGGCAUGUGAGGAUGUUAGGUACAGGAAGUACUUCAAAAUGGUUCAAUUUGGAGUACCUCCUCCGGCUGUGAAGCAGAAAAUGGGAGCAGAGGGACUGAAUCCCGAUAUUCUUGAUGAACCCAAUAGGAUCCUUCCGGAUGGGAUUCUGUACAGAGAACCUGUGGAAUCUGACGAGGAUUGACUUUCCGGAAGAUAAUGAAAUAAAGACAGUUUUUUUGGGAAAUUGGACAAAAAA